CCCUGGAUUCCACCUGACAGGCAACACAAUAUAACCUGUGUGAGCAAUACAUUCGAUAUUAUUCGUCAAAAUUAACUACCGUCUAUAUCAGCCAUGGCAACUUAGUGUGACAUUAAGAUGCAAUUAUUUGGUGAAACUCAUCGAGGACCGAACAAACCCUGGAAGAAAUGCUUUCCUGACAGGCUACACUGAGGAAAUAUUUAGCACCCCUUCGCUCACCAUUUUUUUUGUUUUUGACUCAUGUUAUUUAUUGGUCUUGACCACAGAGGCAGAUGAGAAAACGUGGACGGCGUUAGCUUCUUUCUCUGCCCAGUGUUAAAUUGAACCACGUUGACAGUUUGUUGGCGUUAAUCAAUACAAGUGACGGAGUCGGGAAGCACGCCGUUAUAGCUAUACAAUGACGGAACGCUCCUCGUUGUUGCUCCGGAAACAAUUAGCAGAGCUCAACAAGAACCCAGUGGAAGGCUUCUCUGCGGGUCUCGUCGAUGAUGAUGACAUCUAUCAGUGGGAAGUGGUUGUCAUUGGACCUCAAGACACGUUAUUUGAAGGAGGUUUCUUCAAAGCCACCCUAACUUUCCCCCGUGACUAUCCUCUGAGGCCUCCCAAGUUGAAGUUUGUCACAGAAAUCUGGCAUCCAAAUGUGGCAAAAAAUGGAGAUGUCUGCAUCUCCAUCCUGCAUGAACCUGGAGAGGACAAGUAUGGCUAUGAGAAGCCUGAGGAGCGCUGGCUGCCAAUCCAUACGGUCGAGACCAUCAUGAUCAGCGUUAUCUCCAUGUUGGCAGACCCCAACGGAGACUCUCCCGCCAACGUAGACGCAGCUAAAGAGUGGCGGGAGGAUCCUAGAGGAGUUUUUAAGAAGAAGGUGGCACGCUGUGUGCGGAGGAGUCAAGAGAUGGCUUAUGACUAAGGCCUUCCUCCCGCCGUCAACACAAUUGGAACUGGACAGGGGAUUUGACAACUGGUUACACUUAAAUUGGCUCUAUGACCAUGGGGCCCUCAACUAGUCACCGAAACAAGAAAAAGACUGGCAGGAAAAGUUAAAAAAACCAUUUCUCUACUAAUUUUGCCAUUUGAGGCUUGAUAUUUAUGACUUCUGCUAAUUGGUAGAUGCAUUCAUGUUGCCAUACGUUACAUUUUCCACCAUCAAUUGCACCAGACACUUACUGGUCAAGCAUCCACAUUUCACUCACAGGAAGAUUAAUUACACAGCCUAAUACUUUCUCUAAUGUACAUACGUGUCAGAUUUUUAGGAGGAAUCCUCGUUGAUAAAUGCAACAUUUUUGUUAUUUAGUUUACAUUUAUAUUGACCUAUUUAUUUAGAGUGAGGCUGUUUUAAGAUGCAUAUCAUCUGACGUUUGUUUAUUUUCAACCUGCCACACUGAGCCAUCCAGUCCACAGCUAUUUUAAUCAAAUAUGCAAUUUUGCAAUAUUUACAGUCACACUGGUUCUCAUUUCCCUGCACACCCUAAGUGUUCUGCAGAGAAUGUGGUCCUUCUCUCCCUGAUGGGCAAACUUAUCACCCAGCGCUGCCUUAACGUGGACUGCCAGCAAAGGAAAGGUAUAUCUUCAAUAAGGACCGCAUCUGAAGGCCUGUUUAGAAUCCAGAAAAAAAAAAACUUGUGGGCAAACCAAAGAGAAUACACACCAAUAAAUAUAUAUAUUUUAACGAA